AGCCCUGCUCCCCCUCUUCCUGCGCAGCUGGUGGGCGCGUCCGGCCCGCUGGCACCGCCCGUUGUUGCCCUUGGCGUGAGGCGGCGCGGGCCUGGUGGCGGCGGGGACCGCAGUCAUGGUGAAUUUCGCCCAAGCUGUGCGUGACCACUGGGUUCACAUCCUUGUUCCCUUAGGAUUUGUGAUUGGAUGCUAUUUGGACAGAAAGAAUGAUGAAAAACUGUCUGCCUUCAGAAACAAGAGUUUGUUAUAUAGAAGAGAGUUGAAGCCCGGUGAAGAAGCUACAUGGAAAUAAAGGCUGCUGCUGAAAUGGGAAAUAUAUUUGUUUGGUUCAUCAUCUUAGCUCACAUGUUGAAAGAAUAGGAUUACGGUUUUAAUCUUGAGAGAAUAUGUAAAGCUCCAGAAAAGGCCACCUGCAAUUCAUGGGCACCAGUUUAAUUUCCAACCUUACUUUUUGGAAAAUUAUUUAAUUACAUGACUACUCUGUGUCCAGGAAUUCCAUUAGUACAUAAGUGCUGAGAAACUUUUGUCCCCAGGAGUCAUACUCUGGAGCAGGGGAAAAAUUAUGUAAUAAAGAAAAACUAUGCAAAACUGA